AUGGCGGCUGCCACUUCAUCAGAGGCCCAUAACGCUGGCCCGCAGCCGCAGACACAAGCACCACAGCAGCAGCAGCAGCAAUCACAACAAAACCCCCAGUCGACCAGCCGGUCUUCGAUCCAGACAGCUAACUCUACGAGUUCAUAUGGCUCAAAUGUACCGUUGAGCGCUCGACGGGCAGAACCUCUGGACCUCUCGACUGUCGAACGCCGUGAGCAGAUUCCAGCUACUCGAGACCCUCCCAAACGCAAUAGGCCUCAUGAUUUGCAGGAAGCUCCCACCUUUUAUCCGACAGAGGAGGAGUUCAAGGACCCCAUGGCAUAUAUACGAAAGAUCUCUCCCGAGGGAAGGAAAUAUGGUAUCUGCAAAGUCGUUCCUCCAGAGACAUGGAAUCCGCCUUUUGCCAUCGAUACGGAGCGAUUCCACUUUCGUACUCGUCGUCAAGAGCUUAACUCUGUUGAAGGAGGCACCCGAGCGAACCUCAACUACCUCGAUCAAUUAACCAAAUUUCACAAGCAGCACGGCACGAGUCUUACCCGUUUUCCCAGUGUCGAUAAACGGCCCCUUGAUCUGUACAAGCUAAAAAAGGCAGUCGAAAUACGAGGCGGUUUCGAACAGGUCUGUAAACUGAAGAAAUGGGCGGAGAUUGGGCGCGAUCUGGGGUACAGCGGCAAAAUAAUGUCGUCUCUGUCUACUUCGCUCAAAAACUCAUACCAGCGAUGGCUACAGCCCUAUGAAGAGUAUCUACUUGUUGCGAAACCCGGGGUACAGCAUCAACUUGAAGUCGAGAACGGUGGACCGUUCACUCCAUCUCCAAACCAGUCUCCAUCAGAAAAGAAGAAACAUCAGAUGCAGAACGGCCAUCGACUGCCUUCAGAUACACGUGCCGAUGACAAUUCUUCAACACAGAUAGCAUCUACGGGACCAAAUGUUUCUACCGUCAACAGUGAUGAUGGGACUGGAAAUUCGGUGGAAACUCCUCGUGAAGCUACACCGGUUCCCAUACAACAACAACCUAUCACAUCUGGAUUCACAGCUGUCAAUUCUAGGCCGAGCGGGUUUGCUGCGAUCAACACGCCCUCAUCCUUUACAGCUGUUAACAGAGCAGUGCCUGAGGUGAAGCGGGAAUCAGACGAGGCAACUUCAAACCCGCCUCAUGCACACUCCGUCCCAGGCUCCGCGAAGCCAUCUCCCGACCUAGCACGGGCGAAAUCUAAUUCUGCGCCCCUUACAAAUGGACACGACGAACAUACUUUAAAACGUGUUCAUAGCAGUGACGGCAAUUCGCAGGCUGACAACGAUGAUUCGGAGGAAGGCGGCAAUGGGCGACGAAGUAAGCGCCUGAAGAAGGAUGGCGCACCAAGCGUUGCGGGGUCCAAUAUGAGCUUGCUUCGACCAUCGCCUUCUUCACAGCCAAAACCUAAGAAUGGGACCUGUAAAACUGGAGAUAAAUGCGAAAGUUGUGGGAAGAGUGAUAAUCAAUCAUCCAUUCUCGCGUGCGACGGAUGUGAGAUUGGUUAUCAUAUGCAAUGCCUUGAUCCUCCUCUUACAACAAUCCCGGACUAUGACUGGCAUUGUCCCAAAUGCCUUGUAGGAACAGGAGAAUACGGCUUUGAGGAAGGUGGCAUAUACUCGCUGAAGCAAUUCCAGGAGAAGGCGAACCAGUUUAAGAAGAAUUAUUUCGGCACGAAGCUACCCAUUCAAAACACGUCUGCGCCAACCCCCCAGCUAUACGAAGCUGAAGACAGCGUGGAACGGGAAUUCUGGCGGCUUGUUGAGAGCUUAACCGAGACUGUAGAGGUUGAAUACGGAGCUGAUAUCCAUUCGACAACUCAUGGCAGUGGCUUCCCUACUGUUGAAAGGAACCCUCUUGACCCUCACGCGACAGACCCGUGGAACCUAAAUGUCCUUCCCUUACAUCCGGAAUCAUUAUUCAGGCAUAUCAAGUCUGACGUCUCCGGCAUGACGGUACCCUGGGUAUAUGUUGGCAUGUGCUUCUCCACAUUCUGCUGGCAUAAUGAAGACCACUACGCGUAUUCUGCUAAUUACCAACAUUUUGGAUCUACCAAAACAUGGUAUGGCAUUCCAGGUGCUGAUGCCGAGGCGUUUGAGGAGGCGAUGCGCCAGGCCGUUCCAGAGCUGUUCGAGACCCAGCCUGACUUAUUAUUCCAACUUGUCACCUUACUCCCGCCAAACCAACUGAAGAAAGCUGGCGUCAACGUUUACGCUUUGGACCAAAGAGCUGGCCAGUUCGUUAUUACUUACCCACAGGCAUACCAUGCUGGAUUCAACCACGGGUUCAACUGUAAUGAGGCUGUGAACUUUGCACCGAGCGAAUGGGAGCCAUUUGGUCAAUCCGGCGUCGACCGCUUACAGGCAUUUAGACGGCAGCCUUGUUUCUCGCAUGAUGAAAUGCUACUUACUGCCGCUGGCAAAGAUACUUCGAUUGGCACGGCGAAGUGGCUUGGUAAAGCGUUGCGGCGUAUGUGCGAUCGCGAACUAGAGCAGCGGACAAAUCUCCAGGCUCGAGCUCGAGAACUUGAGAAUAGAAAUGGUGUGCCAAAUGGUGACCAAAAUGCCAAACCUGCUGAGCUGCCUGCAUUAAGUAUUACCGUGGAAGAUACAGAUUUGCUGGAAGACGAGUACCAGUGCAGUUAUUGCAAGGCAUACAGUUACCUUUCGGUUUUUAGAUGCCAUAAAUCUGGAAAGCCGCUUUGUCUAAUGCAUGCCGGAUUAGCUGAGUGCUGCGGCGUCGAGCCAGCUCUCUGUCUACGUGGAACUGAUCAUUCAGUACGAUAUCGACUGUCAGACGAAGACUUGCAAAAAUGUGCGCAAAAGGUAGAAGACCGCGCCAAGAUCCCUGAAGCGUGGGCGGAAAGACUGGACAGAACCCUCGAGGACGAGCCAAAACCAUCACUCAAAGCACUUCAUGCGCUUCUCUCGGAGGGAGAAAAAAUACCAUACCAUCUCCCUGGACUACAGGAUCUUGCUGCGUUUGUACAGAAAUGCGAUAAGUGGGUUGAGGAAGCAAAUAAUUACUUAACCCGCAAGCAGCAGAAUCGACGCAAGAACGAGAAGAUCUGGCGAAAGGGAAACCCGGCGAAGGCUGCUCAGAUGGAAGAACGAGAUCGUGAAUUACGUAGUAUCGAAAAAAUCCACAGCCUUCUAUCAGAAGCAGAUCGUCUGUCAUUCGAUUGCCCUCAAAUAACAGCCCUGCAUGAAAAGGUUCAGGAGAUUGAGCGGUUCCAGAGAGAUGCUCAGGCUGUCUUCCUCAGCGCGCAUACUGCGUCCGCUCAGGCCGUGGAGGAGUUAGUAGAGCUUGGCCGCAAUUUUAGCCUUGAUAUCCCGGAGGUAGACAAGUUGGAACGCGUCUUACAACAAAUAAAAUGGAACGAAGACGCGCGACGCCGACGUGAGCAAUACCAGACCUUGGAGGAUUGUGCUGAGUUCAUCAAGCUAGCUGAAGAAUUGAACAUAUCCGAGGCCAACAAUCAUCUGCUACACUUCCGAGAGAUGUACUGUAGUGGAGUUGCAUGGGAAGCCAAGGCAAAGGAGCUCAUGUCCGUAGAGGCAGUUCACUACCAACAACUUGAAGCUCUUUCAGCCCAAGCAGCUCGGUUCCCAGUCUCACCGGAUACACUUGCUGCGGUCGAUGCAAUCCUGACAAAGCAGCGUGAAGCUCAAAAGCAGAUAUCCAGCUUUUACGAAAAGAGCAAGUCGACUGACUUCCGAAAACGCCCACAUUAUCGCGACGUCCGCGAUUUGAUGGAAUCGUUAGUACAACUGAAUAGCAAGCCGAAUGGUACCAUUGAUCUCGAGCGUGAACAGAAACGUCACGAAGACUGGAUGAGAAAGGGGAAGAAAUUAUUUGGCAAAGCCAAUGCCCCCUUACAUAUUCUUAAGAUGCACAUGCAGUAUGUCCAAAAGAGAAAUUCGUACUGCUUUGACCUUGAGGAUCGGUUCCGGCCGCCAGUUGAACCCGCGUCACGAGAGGCUACUCCUGAUGGCUCUGGAGAAUCUCAAUCAUGGGCUGGGAGUCGGUCGAAGAAGAAAGACGUUUUCUGUAUCUGCAGACAACAGGAAUCUGGUUUAAUGAUAGAAUGUGAGAUCUGCCAUGAAUGGUAUCAUGGUAAAUGUCUCAAGAUUGCCCGUGGGAAAGUCAAGGAAUAUGACAGCUACACCUGUCCUAUCUGCGACUGGCGUGUUAAAAUACCUCGGGAUGCCGCUCGACCAAAGCUUGAGGACUUACUUGAGUGGCAGUCAGAGCUUUCUGAUCUUCCAUUCCAGCCUGAGGAGGAGCAACUCUUGAUGUCCAUCAUUGAGCAGGCGUCAGCAUUCCGCGAAUUCUUACGCCCCUUUACGAACCCGGCGUGCAUGACGGCGGAAGAGGUUCCGACACAGAUCUUCUACCUGCGCAAGAUCGAGGGUGCAGAAGUUCUCCUCGCUUAUGAAACAAACUACUUCCGUCAAGAAAUUCACAAGUGGUCUCCUGUGGCGCCUGAACCUCCGCCGAUUUUGGAGCAAUCGUUAUCCACACGCAAACCACGACCGACGAAACAACAGAAGAUUAUGGCUCAGCUCGGUAUUGAAAAGCCAGAGGAUAUCCCCCUCCACCUUCGUACCAAACACCACAUCUUCCCAUCGAAGCGCAAGUCCACCGAACCUCAAAAUGGGCGGCCUCCACCUCUACAACCAGCACCACCAAACCGAUCAAAUACCCCUGUUGAUAACCCACGGUCAGUUUCAGUUGGUACCGAUCAAGUGCCACCGACCUUGACCGCUACCCAACCUCCCCAAACCCCUGCCUCCUAUCCAUUCAGCCACCCGUUCCAGCUUUCAUCCAGUGAACCAAACACAACCUUCGGAGGUGGCACUGGCCCCUUCCUAGCUCAAGGCAAUGGCGAUCAGUCACCCUCGUUCUCACCAGGCUCGCCCGCUGCUCGACACUCGGGUCUAGAUCCUUCGUUCUUCAGCCCCCCAAGCUUCGAACGAAACCAUCAGUUGCCUCAAGGCUCGGAAUCCGAAAAUAUGAAAGGCACAACCGGUGUUGGCGUAGAUGAUGUGGACGCGAACAAUCCGUUCGGAAGCAGCCCUCGUGCAAACAUGGAUGACCUCUUCGCCGACUUGACAAACCACGACACCGAAGCCGAGCAUGUUGAAGAAAUCAGUCACGCUAACGAAGCCUUAGAAGCGCUUAAAAGUGCUCAAGCAUGUGGUUCUCGCACAGGUUCCAUAUCAGAAGCAGGAAAUAACGGCACCAACGGAGACCCGGAUCUCCACGAAAACGCCAGCCACGACGGUGAUAACGAACAUCAGAAUGGUGGCGGCCUGGGGGAAGAAUACCUAAGCUGA